AUGUUCUGGAAGCUCUGUCUGACCUUGACCCUGGCGGCCGCACUGGUGAGGGCGGCCGAUGGCAGGAAGAACCGGCCUGCGGGCGCCAUCCCCUCGCCCUACAAGGACGGAGGAGGAGGAGGAGGAGGAGGAGGAGGAGGAGGAGGAGGAGGCAGCAACAACUCGGAGCGCUGGCAGCACCAGGUCAGGGAGGUCAAGGAGGUGCUGGCGUCCAGCCAGGAGGCGCUGGUGGUCACGGAGCGCAGGUACCUGAGGAGCGACUGGUGCAAGACGCAGCCGCUGCGGCAGACGGUGGGCGCCGAGGGCUGCCGCAGCCGCACGGUGCUCAACCGCUUCUGCUACGGCCAGUGCAACUCCUUCUACAUCCCGCGCCAGGCCCGUCGCCCCGAGGACGCCGCCUCCUUCCAGUCCUGCGCCUUCUGCCGGCCCCAGCGGGUGGCCUCCGUGCUCGUGGAGCUGGACUGCCCCGGCCUGGACCCACCCUUCCGGCUCAAGAAGAUCCAGAAGGUGAAGCAGUGCAGGUGCAUGUCCGUGAACCUGGGCGGCUCGGACAAGCAGUGA